UCUCUCGGCCAAUGGGAGGCGAGGCAAUUAACAUCCCAACACCGAUUGAUUAAAAAAAACUGUGGAGCUGGGGUGUUGUGAGACGGCCAUUUGAAGGUGAAGUAGGUGGUGAACUCGAGACUCAAUGGACUACAGUUGAUGGGUCUCUCGCACACAGGCUUCUAUUUCUGUACAGGUUUGUUUCCACACAGCUCGAAGAGAAACUUUCGGGAUUGAUUUUUACCCUUUAAGGAAUUGCUCAAAGAACGCUGGCGUUUGGACAUUUUCUUGCCACCCUCAAGUGUUCAGGACAGGCCGUUCAGAAACGAUGUUCUAUCUUGCGUAAUGGGUAUAUAGACGGUAUAGACUACAAGCGUGUCAUUGACUAUAACCAAGUGCCUGAACCACAUUGUCUGAGAUUCAAAUAAAGGAGAAUGUCGGAGCGAUCUCAGAGCCCUCUUUCGGAUUGCAACAGCCGGACGGAUGACUUCAGCCGACCCAUGUACGCCCAGGCCUUGAGUCAAGAAGCGUUUGGAGGCACGUCGCUCCAGAUCCCUCACGGCGUUCUACAGCACCACAGUCUUAUAUUCAACAAGACUGCAUACAAUGGGUUGCCUCCAACACCUCAAACCUUUUUCCAAUUCCCACCAGUCGGUGGUGACUAUAGGGCCUCAGAUUUACAAACCGGUGACUUUUGCCAACCCAAACACUGGUAUCCCAUCGCCGCUCCCGAAUACACCGGCCAAGUACCGAGGGUUGCAGUGACUACGCAGGCCACAAACCUGAGCCCACCCAUUGCCGAAGACAGGGAACAAAUCAAAAUGCCUGAUAUAAAGAUUGAGAAGGAUGUCAAUGACGAGUAUGAGGUAAAGAUUCAACAGUAUCCAACUCCGUCGUCCGCUGUGGCUCACGGGGUUUACUACUCGACCCCAUGGAACCCCUCGUUUUGGCCCGGCCUUCCCCACAUCACUGCUGAGAGUUCCAAUAUUCAAAACCUCAACUCCAUACCCUCAACAUCGUCUUCAACAUCCCCAUCGCUCUCGCCGUCACCCCCCAGCAAUGGGUUACCCGGGAUCACGUUCAACGGGAGCGCAAGCCAAGGUGCCCAAGCGCCCCAGGCGCAAACUCAAAGCAAUGGAUCCUCCAGCGCCAGCGGUGGGUGCAGCGACUCGGAGGAAGAGAACCCUUCAACUGAGGAGCUGGAACAGUUCGCCAAGGAGCUGAAGCACACGCGUAUAACACUGGGUUUCACACAAGCAGAUGUAGGAAUGGCUCUAGGCAACCUUUAUGGCAAGAUGUUCAGCCAGACUACAAUCUGUCGUUUCGAAGCCCUCCAGCUCAGCUUCAAGAAUAUGUGCAAGCUGAAGCCCCUGCUUCGGAGAUGGCUGAAUGAGGCUGAGACCUCUGACAACCCCCAGGAUAUGUACAAGAUCGAGCGGGUGUUUGUGGACACCAGGAAGAGGAAGCGGCGGACCAGUCUGGAGGGUUCGGUGCGCACGGCUCUAGAGUCCUACUUUGUCAAGUGCCCCAAGCCCAACACCCAGGACAUCACACACAUUGCAGAUGACCUGUGUCUGGAGAGAGAUGUGGUGCGUGUGUGGUUCUGUAACCGCAGACAGAAGGGCAAGCGCCUGGCCCUCCCUUUCGACGAGGAGUGUGAAGAACAGUACUACGAACAGAGUCCACCUCCCCCGCAUAUGACCCAAUCCCCCCUCCCUGGGCAGGGGUACCACCUAUCCAGCCACACCGGGGCCCCCACUUUCUACAUGCCCCCCCUCCAGAGGCCAGAAGUCUUUAAGCAGGCCCUGCACCCUGGACUGGUGGGUCACCUGACCAGCUAAAUGUGUUCCAGUUCUCUAAACCAGCUCUGGCCAUAUGGCCUCCCAUUCCCACCCAACAUACAGUGGGGAGAACAAGUAUUUGAUACACUGCCGAUUUUGCAGGCUUUCCUACUUACAAAGCAUGUAGAGGCCUGUCAUUUUUAUUAUAGGUACACUUCAACUGUGAGAGACGGGAUCUA